AUCUGUAAAAUGACUUGGAUUUAAUGACCCUGCGGUUUUCUGCUGAUCUCAACUAUGAAAUUGGGUUUAUGUAGAUUUACAUUUAGUAAAACAAUAAAUAUGCUACAAACAUUUGCUUUGGUAAUUUAAAAACGUGAGACAAUUGUUCAUAACCACUGAAAUGAUAAACGUUGUCAUAUUCUGAUAUUUUAACUGCAAAAUUGGUGGGAAGCAGUUGCAUUGUUAAAAAAGCUGAUAGCGGUAUUUAUGUAGGGGCGGUGCAACUAGAGCGAAGUCAUGGGUACGCAGGGAAUAAUCAGUCACGUUCUGAGGUGCAUUUAAAGUACAUUUGACCAAUAAUGACUCAAAUUUAAGCUAAAAUAAAUAUACCUGAUACAUUAAAAUCUAGUAGAAUUGAGUUUUCAUUCUGUCAAUCCAAAGGACUCAAAUGAAGGAAACUGGACCUCUUUGGUUUCUUGAAGAUGUUGCUUUUCAUAUGAGGAGCUUUGUCAAUUCUGACUGGAAUUUGGGAGUCGAGUUUAUAAAAUAAACUUGUUACUUUUGAAAGAGCUAAAGCUUUCUUUCAGUAAGAACAAGUGGCAGAUCAAAAAUAAAACCGAAGUAAACAGUGUUAGUGGGUCAAACGGUGUUGGUGUCCUCGUGGCCUUGUGAUUAAAAAUAGAAAGGUAUCGAAUCACAUUUGCCUGCUACCAGAACUCUGCAGCCACUCAGCUGAAUCGUAGAUCUUCCUGAUGUCUGUAGUUCACAUUCAUUACAGACCUGUGGGGUUAUGCUGAAGCUGAGCAUCAAUGAACCAGAGGACUUAAAUCUGUGCUUUCACUGACCUCUGAUCAGUUUUCAACAACAAAUUUGAAGCAACUCAAAACAAACCCAACAGGUAAAAAGAAACUCAGCUCUGCCAAAAAAACAAGCUGCUUCUGAACAAUUAUCCUGUUAAUGACGUUUUGACACAUUUAGAACAGAAAACAGCUAUGGUGUGCUCUGUGGUGGUCUUCCUGUCAGGAAUAAAUGCACGUUCUCUCAGACAGCCAGAGGAGUUUAUGAAAACCUGAUGGACUUUGGUCGGUUUGGACUGGAGGAUGAAGACGAAGAUGAUUCAGCGAUUCAGUACGUGAUUGAACAGAGUCUGCUGGAGAGCACCAAACAGAAAGAAACUCCCAGAGGCUCCACCGUGAAAACCAGCCGCGGCUCUGAUUCACCUUCAGACAUCAGCAAGAUCUUCAGCACCAUAGGACAUGGUAACGAGGAGGUGCUGAAGGACUUGUGUGCCAAGCACAAAGAUAAGUUUCUGCAGUCAGACAGCAAAGGUUGGAUUCCUCUUCAUGAAGCAGCAACUCAGAGCAACCCGAACAUCCUGCAGCUCACAUACGAAUCUUCCGGUCCAGGAUCUUUGGAGUGUCGUACUCCUGGUGGCCAGACGCCUCUCUUCCUGGCGGUAGAACAAGGUUUGAUAGAAAAUGCUUCAUUCCUCUUGGAGCAUGGAGCCAGGCCGGACUGCCUGGACCAGGACCAGGACUCCCCGUUGUUUGUAGCGAUUCGUUCAGAAAGAACGGAUCUAGUGAAGUUGCUGCUCCUGCACGGAUCCAGUGUGAACCAGAUGGGCUACCACGGCCGCCGGCCCCUCCACGAAGCUGCACGGGGGGGUAAACCAGGGCUGGUGACCCUUUUGCUGGAGGCCGGAGCACAUCCAGACCCUCGCAGCAACUACAGCCUCACGCCGCUGGCGCUGGCCGCUCAGGGAGGACACCUGGAGGUGGUGGAGACUCUGCUGAAGAAAGGAGCAGACGUCCUCUCUCAGGCUCAGGACGAAGCCUCCGUCCUCUACGAAGCUGCAGCUUCAGGAAACCCAGAUAUCAUCAGUCUGCUGCUUGAGCGUGGAGCCGACGCCAACGUCUCCAAUCACACGGGACACAUGCCAAUACACCGAGCUGCACACCGAGGACACCUUCAAUGCCUGAAGCUGCUGCUUCCUGUCACCUCUAUGGAAGACGUGAACGACAGCGGGAUCAGUCCUCUUCACUCUGCUGCUGCAGAAGGACACACAGACUGCAUCAAGACCUUGCUGGAUGUGGGCUACGACCCCAACUACAUGCUCCAUCCCUGGAUCCGCCGGAGCUACGACGAUGAGAGGAAGUCCGCUCUCUUCUUUGCUGUGUCCAACAAUGACAUGGCAUCGGUGAAGCUUCUCCUGGAGGCUGGAGCCAUGACUAACCAGGACCCGGUAAAAUGUCUGCAGGUUGCGCUCCGCCUGGGGAACUACGAGCUGAUCAACCUGCUGCUGCGAUAUGGAGCCAACGUGAACUACUACUGCAGAAUAAACACCACUCACUUCCCCUCAGCACUUCAGUACGCCCUCAAAGAUGAGGUGGUUCUCAGGAUGCUGCUUAACUAUGGUUACCACGUUGAGCGCUGCUUCGAUUGUCCCUACGGCGACGGCUCCCACAUUCCUGAAAACUUUGAGGGAUGGACCUGCCCUGUGAUUAAAGACACUUUGUUCUGUGAGGUGAUCACUGUCUACUGGCUGAGAGACCUUUCGGGUCACAUGGUUCGCAUCAUGCUGGAUUACCUGGAUCAUGUGACACUCUGCUCCAAACUGAAGGCGGCUCUGAUGGAGCAGAAGCAGUGGCCUGAAAUCUGCAGCAUACAAGAAAAUGCCCGCUGUCUGCAGCAUCUCUGCCGGCUGCAGAUCCGUCGGUGUCUCGGCCGUCUCCGUCUUCGGUCUCCCAUCUUCAUGAGCUUCGUGCCUCUGCCGGAUCGGCUGAAGGAUUAUAUCCUGUACCGGGAGUACGACCUGUGGGGUCAGCAGGGCAGCUCACCAGGCUGAGGCUCCAGCAGGGCAAGAAAUGAUCACAUUCAGUCAAACCUGGUUGGUGCAUUACUUUGAGAAAUCUCCUGCUCAUCUCAAAAGAAUGAAUAAAUAAUCUGCUUUAUUAUAUCACUAAGUUGAUGCAUUUCAGCCAGUUCUGAACAGCCUUGACAAUUUUGCAUGUUUUGAACAUUCACCUUAUAUUUUCAAUGUUUCUAUUGAAGAAAGAUGUAUGCUCAUAAUUUACAAAGUAAGACCCAUGAGCAAUUGAAAUAGACAUUUAUUUCUUCAAUAUUUAAAAUGUAUUUAUUGUAAAAAAAUAAAUGGGUCUUGAUUAACAUGUCUCUAAAGGUUUUUUCUUAUCUUUGGGCUUUUGCUGCUUUGUCAAAUUAAAAUUUGACUAGAUGACAAAUAGAAACUACAAAAUGUACUCAAAUAUCACAAAACCUAAAUUAUAAUUAAAUGAAUUGUGCAAGAAAUUCCACACCAAAUGAGUUUUCUAAAUUAAAUUUGUCUCAAAUAAAAUACUGUGUUUAAAUUAUACUGGAGGAAAUGAGUUUUCUAAAAGAAUAAUUUCUUUAUCCUUUUCAUUAAGUCACAGAAUGGGCAGUGAUGAAGAAGAAAAUUAAAAAGCAGUUUACUGGAUUGUUAUAUCAUUUUAAUCUUGAGUCACACUAAGCAGUUGUAAAGUGAAAAUGAAAAUGCAUUUCCAUUUUCAGAUUUGACAUUUCAAAUUGAAUUUUGUUACUCAUUUGCUGGAGUGUUAUUUGAAAAUUAGUUCUCAGAUGCCUUUUUCUUUACCAUUUUCAUGAAGUCAUAGAAUUAGCAAUGAUGAAUAAGAAAAUUAAAAAGCAAAAUUGAGAAAUGCUUUUUCAUUUUGAUUGUGAGUCACACUAAGCAGUUGUGUAGUGAAUAUGAAAAAGCAUUUCUUCUAAUGCAGUUUAAUUUUCAAAUUUCACUUUUCAAAUUGAAUUUUGUUACAUUUUUGCUGGAGUGUUAUUUGAAAAUUAAAUCUUAAAUGUUUUUUUCUUUAUACUUUUCAUUAAGUCACAGAAUAAGCAAUGAAGAAGAAAAUUAAAAAGCAGUUAGGAAGAGUGCUUAUUAAUUUUAUUUAUGAGUCAAAUUUGGCAGUGGUAAUAUGAAAAUGAAAUAUCAUUUCUGCUACUGCAUAAUAUUAUUUUUGCAAGACACACGCUUCCAUAGACUCCCUCUGGUGGCGGAAGAUCGUCACUACAGUUUGUUUAUGGCUCAGCCAAAUUUAAACAUCUAUUGAUGAUAAAAGUUUAUAUGUGCUGCUAUUAUGUGGUAUUUUUUAUUUUUACAAAAAAACAACAAAAUUCAAAAAUCUUAAAAUGAAAUACAUAUAAAAUACAUAUAAAUUAGAUACUUUCUCAUAAAUUAUUUAAAAUCAGUAAAGUUUUUUUUUUCAGGCUUAUUGUUUAUUUUUGUAAUACUCAUCAAAUAAGAGGUCCUUACCUGCCCUGUGUUCUGCUUAUAGAAAUAAGAAUCAUCAGGAAAUCCUGAUUCUCUAUUUUUCUCAGACAUGAAUGAGAUCAUCGUUCUACACACGUCACACAGCUGGAGCUGUGUUGACAGUUUAAUCAGGUUACUACAUCAACACUGGGCAGGCUUUAUUAGUCACCAUGGAAACCUACGUCACAGCAGCCUGAUGCUUGUUAAAUUUAAAUCAUCUUCAGACACACAGAUGUUGAGAACGUCAAUCCAAAAAGUCCUAAUUAAACCUUAACUAGACGGCUUGACAUUUCUAAUAUACACAAUCCAGAUGAGAUGAUUUAUGCCUAAUUACUGGCAGUCUGGGUAAUGCAUCUUCACCUGGGUUAAAUCAGGACAGCUUUUUAUUUUAUUUAGAGCAGGAUGGAAGCUGCUCAACCUGUCAGAUAUGCAGCUGGUGGAUUUCACCAUCUUGUGGCCAAAAUUAUGAAUAAUAAAACAUAAAUAGGAGCAUGAUAAAAUAAAUGUGUGAUUCUAAAUAUGGAUUCUUGUCCUAGGGUUAAAGAAACAAAAAGGGAGACAUGAUCCAAGUCAUAACUAACUUGGAGCUU